CGGGGGAUGGCGGGGCCGGGGGCGGGAUGCGGGCGCGGGGACCGGGCCGGGCGGUGGCGCUCGGGGCUCCCGGGCUGCUCCGCUCCGGCUCCCGCCGCCGCUCCGGGCCCGCCCGGCCAAAGUCCCGCCGCCAUGAGCGGGGCCCCGGGCAGCCGCCGCCCGGCCUUCCCCGGCCUCCCAGGGGAGCGGGUGCUGGAGGAGGCGGCGGGCGCCCGGCAGCGCUGCGGCGAGGGCGACGGCUCCGUCCCGGGGACGCUGCUCUGCACCGACCGCCGCGUCGCCUUCCUGCCCGCCCAGGCCCCCGGCUCCCGUGCCUUCCUCCACAGCGAGUACGACGUGGCGCUGCCCUGCAUCCGCAAGCUGGUGGCAGCCAGCAGCUUCGCCAAGCCCAAGGUGCUGACGGCCGCCUCCCCCCUCAAGUUCAUCCCCGAGGAGCUCGCCGUUUUCUGCCGGGAUUUCCGCCUGCUCCGCUUCCACUUCCACGAGAACGGCUUGGCUCCGCAGGCGUUUCGGGUUGCCAACGCCAUCGCCCAGGCCCGGGAGGCGGCCGCGUGGCUGGGGGACACCGGCGAGGGACACGAUGGCUGGUCCUGCCCUGCUGAAGCCCCUUUGGAGGAGGAGGAGGAGGAGGAAGGCUCUGCUGCCACGCUGCUCUUCGAGAGCCUGCACGACUGGGAGAAGGAGCUGGAGCGCCUGGGUGCUACGGGCUGGAGGGUGAGCGCCGUCAACGAGCGCUUCGACAUGGCCCCCAGCCUCCCCCGGUACCUGUGGGUGCCCAGCGGGCUCCUGGACCACGACUUGAAGCGAAUCUUUGCCCACUUUGAGGAGCGCCGCGUGCCUCGCCUGUGCUGGCACCACCCGGGCGGCAGCGACCUGCUGAGAGCCGCCAGCUUCCACGCAGCCUCGGAGCCGGGCAGCGAGGAUGUGAGGUGCCUGGAGGCUCUGCUGCUGGGGGGCCGGGGGCCCUGCGUGCUGGCCGACACCGCCGAGCUGCCCACCCUGGCCGACAUCCAGCUUGCCCACCUCAAGCUGCGGGCGCUCUGCCUGCCCGGCGCAGCGGCAGAGGAGAAGUGGCUCUCAGCCCUGGAGGGAACGCGAUGGCUGGACCAUGUCCGCAUCUGCUUGAGAAAAGCCGCCGAGGUGGCAUCGCUGCUGGCGGGGAGACGCUGCUCCGUCCUCCUGCAAGAGCCAUCGGACCGGGACCUGAACUGCCUGGUGGCCUCGCUGGUGCAGCUCCUGGGGGACCCCCACGCCCGCACCCUGCCCGGCUUCCAGAGCCUGGUGCAGCGCGAGUGGGUGGCAGCCGGGCACCCCUUUCCCCGCCGACUCGGGCUCCUGCGCCGCGACAGCCCCCGGGAGGAGGCCCCCGUUUUCCUGCUGUUCCUGGACUGCACGUGGCAGCUGGUGCGGCAGUUCCCGGCGGCUUUCGGCUUCACCGAGGCCUAUCUCCUGGCCCUCCACGACAGCAGCUUCGCCCCUUACUUCAGCACCUUCCUCUUCAGCUGCCAGCGGCAGCGGGGCCGCGGCAGCCCGCACCCGCCCCACAGCCAGACCUACACGCCGGUGACCGGCUGGCGGGACCCCGCUGCCGGCGUGCCGAGGGUGGGCAGCGCUGCCUGCGGGCUGCCCGCCGUCUGGGCCUGGGGGCUGCGCUACAGCCGGCAGCAGCGGGCCCGGUUCAGGAACCCAGCGGGUGCUGCUGGCACCGUGGGACCCCGCAGUGCUGCAGACCCCCAGACCCCGGGCAGGCCUGACGACUCCUGGCCGGGGGCCGGGAACGUGUUCGUGCUGACCAAGGGAACGUUGUCACCCCAACCCUUUCCCUGGCGGAGCGGCCGCCCCCCACCACGCCUGUCCCGCUGGGCCCCCUCCCUGGAGAGCCUCGGUGAGCGGGGGGGCGGCCCGGGGGGCAACCGGCCCCCCGCACCCACCCCGGGGGUGCUGCUGCCCUGCGCCGCGGGACCCUCCGUCCGGCUCUGGCGGCGCUGCUACCUGCGGGGCCUGCCCGAGGCACAGCGCGGGCGCUUCGCCCCGUCUCCGGCCGGCCUGGCCGAGGAGCUGACGCUGCUGCAGGACCGGCUCAGCGCCUGGCAGGCGGCGGGACCCCGCACCGAGCCCGCCGGCAGCCCCCUCGCACCCUCGCGGUGAGGACCCCUGCGAUGGGACACCCCCCUGCCGUGGGGACACACGGCUGCAGGGGCAGCCCCCCUCGGUGCGGCCGUGGGGCGUCCACACCUGGGGGUCCCACCAGCCAGGUGGGGUUUUGGGGGGACCCCCCAAAACCACCCUGCGCCUUCCACCGGUGCCUUUGACCAGUCCCUCACUGCCGCCCUCCUGCCCCUCGCCGGGGCACAGGGCUUUUUGGGGCCAGAUCCUGCUGUGCCGCCCAGCUGCCGGUGCCCGGGGCGGAGGAGGCAGAGCCGGGGGGUCCCCAAAAGCAUCCCCCAUUCUCGCCGGGCAUGGCGGUUUCUCAGUUUUUCAUUAAAUUCUUGCUACCUCCAGAGCGGCUUUGAGGAGCUCAGGGCUGGGCUCCAGCCCGGGCGAGCAGGAUCCGGCCCCACCACGGGGCGUUACCGGGGGGUUUCAUCCCGCAGGCGGUGCGGGGACCCCCGUGCUCAGCCCCGGGGCCGGAGCUCCGCCGGGGUUUGGGUCCCCAGGGGCAGGGAUGGCCGGAUCCUGGCCUCUGCGUUGCCCUGGGCCUGCGGCCGGGCUCGGCUGCGGCCGCGAUGGGUCCAACAUCCCGCUCCCGUCGCCUCCGCCAUGGAGGGACCCGCUCCAGCACCCCAUCCCGGAACGGCUCCCAGGGGGUGGGGAGGGGCUGUGGGCACUCGGGGAGCCGGGGGUGGGUUCCUCGCCCCCCGGGGGCUCUCGGCCGGGUGCUUUUCCACGAGGUCUGUAUUCCGGAGCCCAUUAAAGCGCAAUUUUGCAGCGAUGG